AUGUGGUUCUUGGCCCUGUACCUGGCAAUGUCCCUGGGGCCGACCGGCACUGAGUCCCAGGCCCAAACCCAGGAGACGGAAUCCAACGGCUGUGAGAAGAGUUUCCAACCCCGGCAUACGCUUGUGUACAAUUUCACCCAUUCCAAGUGCGGGGGCGUCCUGGUGCACCCACAGUGGGUGCUCACAGCUGCUCACUGCUAUCAGUGCCGUUACCAGAUCUGGGUGGGUCUCCACAACCUGUUUGAGCAUGAAGACCCAGCCCAAUUAUUCCAGGGAGCUACAAACUUCCCCCACCCUGGAUUCAACCUGAGCAUCCAGGAGGGUUACACCUGCGUCCCUAGAGGGGACUACAAACAUGACAUCAUGCUGCUCCGCCUGGAAUAUCCCAUUCAGAAAACAGACACUGUGCAGAUCCUCAACCUGCCUACACAGGAGCCCAAGCUGCGGAGCACCUGCUAUAGCUUUGGCUGGGGCCGCAUCCAACCUCGUAAGCUCACAACAGAUGGUGAGGUACAGUGUGUGCACCUCAAACUCCUGUCCAAUGAUGAAUGUGCCAAGGCCCACUCCCAGGAGGUGACAGAUCACAUGUUGUGCGCUGGGCCCUGGGAGAGCAAAAACAACAAAUGUCUGGGUGACUCGGGGAGCCCACUGAUCUGUGAUGGUAUGCUUCAAGGAAUCAUGUCCUGGGGCCACAUCCCAUGUCGCCACUCCAGUAUGCCUGCCGUCUACACCAAACUGACUCCCUACCUGCAGUGGAUCCAGGAGACCAUAGCGGCCAACACUUGAAUCCUCUUGCCAU